AGAUGGGUUGUGUGGUUGUGUCAGCUUGACAGACUGCGAUCAGUUCUUAUUAUACAUCUGAAUAGUCCCACCCUCCAUGGUCCCACCCUUUUACACAUAUGGUGCCACCUUUUUAUCAUACAUGCAUGUGUCCCACGCGCUGCAGCAGUUAAAAUUCUGUCCAUAUUUUGCCCUGGAUGGGAGACAGUCGGGGAGACCUUUAGGACAACACGCCGGGAAAGCAUACGAUAAUCUGCCGUCAUGGUGAACCAGGUUCAGCGCGUGGACGGUAGUUGGCAGUCGUGCAAGAGCGACUCCAGCGGCGCCAGCAACAACAACAGCGGCGGCGAGAGCUCCAAGGAGAGCUCGCGGUGUUCCACGCCGGUGCUGGACGUGGACCGGUCCGACCGGCUGCGGGACAAGAUGCGGAGAAGGAUGGAGUCCGGGGACCGCUGGUUCUCGCUGGAGUUCUUUCCCCCGCGCACCGCCAGCGGAGCUGUGAACCUCAUCUCAAGAUUUGACCGUAUGGGCACCGGAGGGCCCCUGUUUAUCGACAUCACCUGGCACCCAGCGGGGGACCCGGGCUCGGACAAGGAAACCUCGUCUCUGAUGAUCGCCAGCACAGCGGUGAAUUACUGCGGCCUGGAGAGCAUCCUCCACCUGACCUGCUGCAACCAGACCAAAGAGAAGAUCAGCGGCCACCUGGCCAAAGCAAAGCACCUGGGCCUCAAAAACAUCAUGGCACUGAGGGGAGACCCAGUGGGAGCCGACUGGGAGGAAGAGGAGGGAGGCUUCAACUACGCCACCGACCUCGUUAAACACAUCCGGUCAGAGUUUGAUGACUACUUUGACAUCUGCGUUGCCGGCUACCCUACAGGCCACCCCGAGGCAGAGAGCUACGAGGAGGAUCUCCGACACCUGAAGGAGAAGGUGGACGCUGGAGCCGACUUCAUCAUCACCCAGUUGUUCUUCAGGGCGGACACGUUCCUCAAGUUCCUGGACGACUGCAGGGCGAUUGGUAUCACGUGUCCCAUCCUACCGGGAAUCUUCCCCAUUCAGGGUUACCAGUCUCUGCGUCAGCUCGUCAAGCUGUCGAAGCUCGAGGUACCGGAGGAGAUCACCAGAGUCAUCGAGCCCAUCAAAGACAACGACGCCGCCAUCCGUAACUACGGCAUCAAACAGGCGGUGGAGAUGUGCCGCGUGCUGCUGGACAGCGGCAAGGUACCGGGGCUCCACUUCUACACCCUGAACCGAGAGGUGGCCACCAUGGAGGUGCUCCGCCAGCUGGGUCUGUGGAUAGAGGACCCCAGGCGGCCUCUUCCCUGGGCAGUGAGCGCCCAUCCCAAACGGAAGGUAGAAGACGUUCGACCCAUCUUCUGGGCGUCUCGGCCCAAGAGCUACAUCUACAGAACCCAGGACUGGGACGAGUUCCCCAACGGCCGAUGGGGAAACUCCUCGUCUCCAGCGUUCGGCGAGCUGAACGACUACUACCUGUUCUACCUGAAGAGCAAGUCGUCUAAAGACGCUCUGCUGAAGAUGUGGGGCGAUGAGCUGAUGAGUGAAGAGAGCGUCUACGAGGUCUUCACCUGCUACAUCACAGCCCAGCCAAACCGCAGCGGACACAAGGUGAUGUGUUUGCCGUGGAACGAUGAGCCUUUGGCCCCGGAGACCAACCUGCUGAAGGACGAGCUGGAGAAGGUGAACCGACGAGGAGUCCUCACCAUCAACUCCCAGCCCAACAUCAACGGAAAACCCUCCACAGAUCCCAUAGCCGGCUGGGGGCCUGCAGGAGGCUACGUCUUCCAAAAGGCCUAUCUGGAGUUCUUCACCUCCAGUGAAAAUGUGAACGCUCUCCUCAAAGUACUGAAGAAGUACGAGCCCCGCGUCAACUACCACAUUGUUAACGUGCACGGCCGUAACCUGACCAACGCCCCGGACAUGCAGCCUAACGCUGUGACGUGGGGGAUCUUUCCUGGCAGGGAGAUCGUUCAGCCGACCGUGGUGGACCCUGACAGCUUCAUGUAUUGGAAGGACGAGGCCUUCGCCCUGUGGAUCGAGCAGUGGGCGAAGCUCUACGAAGACGAGUCUCCUUCACGGAUGAUCAUCAAGUACAUCCACGACAACUACUUCCUGGUCAACCUGGUGGACAACGACUUCCCUCUGGAGAGCUGUCUGUGGCAGGUCAUCGACGAUAUGUUCGAGCUGCUCGACGCGGCUCCGGAGACGCUCCACGAUGCUCCGGAGACGCUCCACGCCGCUCCGGAGACGCUCGACGCCGCUCCGGAGACGCUCGACGCCGCUCCAGAGACGCUCCACGCCGCUCCGGAGACGCUCCACGAUGCUCCGGAGACGCUCCACGCCGCUCCGGAGACGCUCCACGAUGCUCCGGAGACGCUCCACGCCGCUCCGGAGACGCUCCACGAUGCUCCGGAGACGCUCCACGAUGCUCCGGAGACGCUCCACGCAGCCGCAGCUCCAGAGCCGGUGAAAGACGGCGCAGCCUCCAAAUAAAAAUUUUUUUAGGGACAGAAAGAAACACUACAGAAUGGUCGAUAUUUUAUGCAUUGCCAAAAAAAAUGAAAAAAUGCUGCUACUUACAAAACCGAUCGUAGCAAAUAUUAAGGAUUGUACUUCACAGUAUUUUUUUAAAAAGGUUUUUAUGAAUGUUUUUUAACAUUUAAGUGAAUGGAAAAUGAAAACGUACUGUCUCACCGGAACUAAAUAGGAAACAUUAAAUAUUUUUUACCUCCAUGAUCAGUAGCUUCAUCCUUUUGUAGCACUUUUAUUUUUAUUUUUUAAAGAUUCCUCGAGGACAAAUCUCACUGAAAAACAACAAUUAAGAAAAACGACUCGUAAAGUGAAAUGUGAAAAUGAAAUAUACUUUAAAGGCUAGGUUCAUAUUUGGCAUCUUUUUUAUUUUUUUACAAGAAAAAGUUGACUAGGGCGCUUUUGUAGUAAAAAAGGAAGAAACUGGCAGCGGAUUUAUUCCAAAAAGCAGCUGAGAGCGUCUUUUGUAGCUAUUACAACAGCUACUGCUACAGUAUCCUAGAGCGCUAUGUGGAGCGGUGCUAACGUUAGAUUAAACAAAGAGGUGGAGCGAGCUAGAGAAAUAAUAGAGAGAGAGAAAGAGAGAUGUGCUAAUGUUAGAUAAACAAAGAGGUGGAGCGACCUAGAGAAAUAACCGAGAGAGCGAGAGGUGCUAAUGCUAACGUUAGAUUAAACAAAGUGGUGGAGCAAGCUAGAG